CAUUUGUAAUUUAAAAGGCGGCGUGCGCGGAUCGAGCAGAGAACAAAGCGCCAAAAGCGGGGAUCGAAGAUCGUUAACAGUUUUACAGUUGUUGCCGUUUACGUUUGCGUGUGUGCUGAAAACAUUGCUAAAACAAAACUCGACUCAAACACACACUCCACCCCACACACAGACACACUCCACACACAGAGCGAGCGAGAGAGAGAGAGAGAGAGAGAGAUCGAGAGGCGGUGCACUACUGAAAUAACGGAAGAGGGGCCAAAGCGAAAGAGACACAAGAAGUGCGUGGAGGAGGCAGCCAGCAGUCAGCAGCCCAGCCCCACUUGUCGUUCUCGUUCUCGUUGCGUGUGGUUUUGCGUUUUAAUUGCGUUUUGUAAUUGUUACGCAUGCGCCAAGAGCAAGCCAAGUGUUAAGGAAGUAGAAUAUAGAGAGACAACGAACAAAUUGUGUUUUGUGUGUGUGUGUGUGCGUUCGUGUCCGUGCGAGACCCUUAACCCAUACAUUUGAACCGAUCCUGUGUAACCGUGGCGAAGGAACUGAGCAACUUGCUAACGUUGCAAAACAAUAAUCCCGAGAUGACACAACAGCCGCAAUGGGGCAUAAACUUAUCACGGUAUUUUAUAAUACCGCAACGUGUGAUAUUGGCCAUAAUGGGGUUCCUGGCGAUCCUCAAUGCCUACACAAUGCGUGUGUGCCUCUCGCAGGCCAUCACGGUGCUGGUCAUUAAGAAGAAUGCCACGGACGAGGAUAGUGAUGUGGCCAUCUGCGAACCGGAUGAGCUGGAUGAUGGCACCAGCUCUGGCGGCAUUUAUGAUUGGUCGGAGGAGCUGCAGGGUCUGAUCUUGUCCUCCUUCUACAUUGGUUACAUUGUCACGCACAUUCCCGGCGGUCUGCUGGCCGAGAAGUUUGGCGGCAAAUGGACCCUGGGCCUGGGCAUCCUCUCCACAGCUGCGUUCACCAUGCUCACACCUCUGGCCAUUGAGAAGGGUGGCUCCGACUGGCUGAUUGUGUCCCGUGUGCUGAUGGGUCUGGGCGAGGGCACCACCUUCCCUGCCCUCAGUGUGCUCCUCGCUGCCUGGGUGCCUGCCAACGAACGUGGCAAGCUGGGAGCCUUGGUCUUGGGUGGCGGCCAGGUGGGCACCAUCAUGGGAAACCUUCUCUCGGGCGUCUUUCUGGAUGAUUACGACUGGCCAUUUGUGUUCUACUUCUUUGGCGGCCUGGGCGUAAUUUGGUUUGUCAUCUUUGUUUUCCUGUGCUACAGCGAUCCCUCGAGCCAUCCCUUCAUCAAGCCCAGCGAGAGGGAGUAUCUUGCCAAGGAGAUUGGAACAAUUGGCCGCAACGAGAACCUGCCCCCAACGCCCUGGAAGGCCAUCCUUACGAAUCUGCCCAUGUUUGCCCUGGUCUCUGCUCAGAUUGGCCACGAUUGGGGCUUCUACAUUAUGGUGACGGAUCUGCCCAAGUACAUGGCCGAUGUGCUGCAGUUCUCCAUCAAGGCCAACGGCCUGUACUCCUCCCUGCCCUAUGUGAUGAUGUGGAUUGUGUCCGUGGGCAGUGGCUUCGUUGCCGAUUGGAUGAUCCGCAGGGGCAUCAUGAGCACAACGAAUACCCGCAAGGUGAUGACCGGUCUGGCUGCCUUUGGUCCGGCCAUCUUCAUGGUGGGCGCCUCAUACGCUGGCUGUGAUCGUGCUCUGGUUGUCGUACUCUUCACCAUUUGCAUGGGUCUGAUGGGCGCCUACUAUGCGGGCAUGAAGCUCAGUCCCUUGGACAUGAGCCCCAACUAUGCUGGCACCCUGAUGGCCAUUACAAACGGCAUUGGAGCCAUUACGGGCGUCAUAACGCCAUAUCUGGUGGGAGUGAUGACACCAAAUGCCUCGCUGCUCGAAUGGCGCACUGUGUUCUGGGUGGCAUUUGGCGUGCUGUGCGUCACCGCGGUCGUCUACUGUCUGUGGUCCUCUGGCGAGGUGCAACCGUUCAACAAUGCACCCAUACAGCCACGCUCCGUGGACUUUGAGGCCGAGGAGCGCAAGACCACGGACCUGAAGAGUCUCGAGUACAACGGCAACAACAGCACAACAGUGCAUCAGCGUGGGGAGCGUAGCUCCUAAAGCGGCAGCCCCCACAGAAUGUGCCAUACUCUAGUGCUCUAGUUCAAAAUGCUGUACCCCCGUGUGUCCAUUUGUAGAUAUAAUACGCAUACGCCCUUAACUUUACUGCUCUUCCAGAUAGCUAGCUAGUUGUAUAGUAUUUCCGAUCUGGCCACCAGGGCCACCAAACUAAUUAACUCUUAAGCAAAGAAUUUACUUAUGUACCAAGGGAGCAGCACGCCUCCUGUGUGUACAAUAUUCCUGUUAUAGAUAGCAUAAUAAUCCUUAAUCCCUAAUCCCUAAUCCCUAAUCCCUAAUUAAUACUGUCGUCCUGUCGUUCGCCCAGCACAUGUCCCCGCACAUGCAACGUACUCUCUUAAUUAUUAUUUAGUGUUUAAUCGAAGCAGCAGCUGAAACGCUGAAACGCUGAAACCGAUUUCAACGUCUAAGUUUAGAUGGAGCAAGAAAUGUAUACCGAGUUCGUAUUUGCCCGUAAAGCACCCACCCCCCCGUUGGAUGGGCUGCUGAAAUAUUGUUUGAGUUUUAAAAUUGUUGAUCAAUGUGUAACGCCAAAACGUGUUUUUAACAAACUCCGUUAAGACAUAAUUGUUUUUAUGAUGUUAGCCAAAUAAAGUGCAUAAAGAAAAUAAACCAAAAAAAGAGAAGGAGCAAUCCAUUGAAAUGGGA